CCUUUUUAGCCCGUCUAUAAAAGGUCCGCAUAGUCUACCCUCAUUUUAUCCAACUAAAUUACCAGACACACACAUAGAUUCAGAAUGAUGAGGAAGCUAGGCACAAUCGUAGUACUUUGCUCAAUGGCAAUUGCUAUGCCAGUGUUUUGUAGCAUUGCCGAGGAUCCCAAAGAAGUGGAGCAAUGGUUCCACGACUUCACCACAAAAGCAGACCAAAAAGUGACCAAACUUCACUUCUACUUCCAAGAUUUGAGGGACAUAACCACAACCAUAGUGGCUCAAUCCAACACCAGCCUCACAUCCCCCACUUUCUUCGGCCUAAUCUACAUGGUGGACGAUCCACUGACAGUCGGUCCUUCACAAGCUUCCAAGGCGGUGGGUCGAGCGCAGGGACUGUACGGUUUUUCCUCGAAAGAGGACAUGCGUCUGAUUAUGGCCAUUGAUAUAGUUUUCACCGAUGGAACCUACAAUAGAAGCACUCUCACUGUUUUGGGCUCCAACCCAGUAACUCAGACGAAACGCGAAUUGCCGGUGAUCGGAGGGACUGGUGUUUUCAGGCUGGCCCGUGGUGUUGCUCUGUUAAACACCUAUUUUCUCAAUGCUGCCUUGGGUAAUGCCAUUGUCGAGUACACUGUUAUAGUUCAACAUUAUUAAGUUUUAAGUUGUAGUAGUAAUGGUGGAGAGUCUUCUUAUUCUCUGCCUAGUUUGUUUCCUUUCUGUUUUCAUGUUAUGCCUGCCUGUUUUAUUUUUUGUUUUAUUUAUUUUUUCCCCUCGUCUUGUUAGGCAUGCUGUGUGUCGUUUGCUGGAAUUGUGUGGAUUUUUAUGGUAUUUGUGUGCGGUCGUCAUCAAGCUUUGAGUUUUGAUUGUUGUUUGUUGUGACAUAUGUGUUUGGUUCUGUGAAUGAAUAUGUUAUGUAAGAAAAAGCAUGCAAUGCAACUGCACUUAAAUCAAAUAAUUAACCUCUCUUUUGUAUAA